AAAAACACUAAGAAAUACCCAAGUUUCAGACACUGAUCUGUGCUGCCAGCCCAGAUCAUCUUGCCCAUCUACCUUCAGAUGCAAAAGUUUUGAUUACUGAUCUGCUGUGAAAUUUGCCAUGAAAGUGCAUCGUAGGAUACUGACCAAGGCUGAUCUAAUAGUGCAACUGGUGAGAACUGGCCAAAUGUGCGCCUUGUGUUCAGCAGUCUGCUCCUUCAUAGAGGACCUCAGUCUGUGUGGGGGCAUAAAAUGAUCAGUUGUGCCCAACACAUCCACAGCAAGCAUUGAGCAAAACCACAAGAACAGACAUUGCAGCUCCCAGCACAGUUUGGCUGUUUGUUAGCAGCAUAUGGUUUAUCUGAAUUGGACUUGACCCCUAAGACUAGCCAUGGUGGCAGUGCUGGUCCAAGGGGCGUCGCGUGGCCUGGGGCUGCAGUUUGUGCGGGCGCUGGCGGCGCGCGACUCCGUGGGCGCCGUGGUGGCCACCUGCCGGCAACCGGAGCAGGCCGAUGAGCUGCGUGCUCUGCCCAAGGUGCACGUGCUGCCGUUGGACGUGACGAACGAGGCGAGUGUGCGCGCCGCGGCCGCCCAAGUGAGCCGCUCGGUCGCCGGCCUGGACCUGCUGAUCAACUGCAGCGCCAUGCUGCACCCGUCUGGCCGCGGCGAGACCAGCCUGCGGGACGUCAGUGCCGAGGGAUUAGAGAAGACCUUCAUGACGAACACUUUCGGCCCCCUGCUGGUGGCAAAGCACUUCGCGCCGCUGCUACAAAAAGGGUCGGGUGCCCUCGGCGUUCAGUCAACGGACCCGAAACAGAAGCACGCAUCCAUAUUAGUGAAUAUGACAGCCAAGGUCGGAUCAAUUGGUGGAACGGUGGACACGGAUCUCUCUCGGCCAUAUCACAAGAAUGUGCCGAAGGACCAGCUGUUCUCUACCCAGAAGUCUGUGGACUGCCUGCUGUCCAUUGUUGAUAAACUCGCCGUCGUUGACACUGGCAAAGUAUUUGUGUGGAGCGGGGACCCACUGCCGUUCUAGCUGUCCUGUUGGUGUGGAGCGGGACCGCCGCUAGUCGUACGUAUGGUAGCGAGUGGUAAAUGGGUGCGCUUACCGGCUCUAGACUGCGUGUAAUACAAGCAAUUGCUGCGA